UCUCGACUGCACCUCACUUUCCUCUCACAUAGAGAUACCCUUUUGGAUUCAACAAACAACAUGUCACUUCCCUCAACCGCAGUUUCCGCAGAGGAAUUAAAAACCCUCUCAUCAAAAGCUAUUGCCGCCAAGGAUACAGCUUAUUGUCCCUAUUCCAAUUUUCGCGUCGGAGCAUGUAUUCUCACCCAGUCGGGUGAGUUCAUUACAGGGGCCAAUGUCGAAAAUGCCUCAUAUCCUGUUGGCACAUGCGCUGAGCGAGUUGCCUUUGGGACGGCUGUUGUUGCCGGACACAAGCACUUCAAAGCAAUCGCUGUCGCCACGGAUAUCAAACCUGCCGCCUCGCCUUGCGGCAUGUGUAGACAGUUUAUGAGCGAAUUUACUUUCCCCUCGUUUCCGAUAUACAUGUAUGACGUGGACGGAAAUCAUACCAUUAUAACUAUGGGCGAGCUGCUUCCGAAGUCAUUUGGCCCAGGUGAUUUUCCCCGAUAAAUGAGAUCGAAAGGCGUAGUAGACCCCGGCUGCAUGAAUGAGUACGUGCUGGGCUUGAGUUUGGUUUUUUUUUUUUUUUUUUUUUUUUUCCCCGUUGUUUU